GCCUCGGUGCCCCCCUUUGGCAAGCGAGGGAGGCGGCGUCUGUCUGUGGCGGUGGCCGCUCAGGGAGGGAAAGAGGGCCGAGCGCGCCCUGACUGACAGCGGCACUGAGCGCCUCCCCCCCCACCCCUCCCCCGACGCCCAACACCGAGAGAAGGAAAAGAAGAAGCUGCUCCCGGGGAGUGUCUCCCUCGCCCGCCUGCGCCUCCUCCCUCAUCAUCACCUCCCUUCCCCCUUUCUCCCCCGUCCGCCCGCGCUUGCUGAGCUAAGUCGGGUCACUCUGGCGAGCGCCGCCUGGGCAUGGCUCAACGUUGCCUGGUCUGCGGGGCCGAGGCAAGGCGAGCAGGUGUGUGACCUUAAUUUCCCAGUCAGCAUGGUUGUCCUUGAAAAUUCUGGGAGCUGAAGUCCACUCCUCUAACGUUUCCUCAGAUAAGGGUUUCAUUUUCUUCUUAGAUCUCCAGGAGAAAUUGGAGAAUUUUUAAACAGAUUGGAAACUUGAUUCAAAAGAAAUAUAUUAUCAGGUUUCGCUGGUAUGGGUAAUCUUCUUAAAGUCCUUACCAGAGAAAUUGAAAACUACCCACAUUUUUUCCUGGAUUUUGAAAAAACCAAAUGGGAAAUCUUUUAAAAGUUCUCACUUGUACAGACUUUGAUCAAGGGCCUCUUUUUUUCCUAGACUUUGAAAAUGCUCAGCCUACUGAUGGAGAAAGGGAAAUAUGGAACCAAGUCAACGCUGUUUUACAGGACUCAGAAAAUAUGCUUUCAGACCUGCAGUCUUACAAAGGAGCUGGACAAGAGAUUAGAGAUGCAAUACAAAACCCGAAUGAUAUUCAGCUGCAGGAAAGAGCAUGGAAUUCAGUAUGCCCUCUGGUUGUGAGGUUAAAGCGGUUCUAUGAAUUUUCUCUCAGACUAGAAAAAGCAUUGCAGAGCUUAUUAGAAUCCUUGACUUGUCCACCCUACACACCAACUCAACACUUAGAGCGAGAGCAAGCCCUAGCAAAACAGUUUGCAGAGAUCUUGCAUUUUACUCUCCGCUUUGAUGAACUUAAGAUGAGAAACCCAGCAAUUCAAAACGACUUUAGCUAUUAUAGAAGGACAUUAAAUCGCAACAGAAUAAACAAUAUGCAUCUUGACAUUGAGAGUGAAGUGAACAAUGAGAUGGCUAACAGGAUGUCACUGUUCUACGCAGAAGCUACACCGGUUCUGAAAACGCUGAGUAAUGCUACCACCCAUUUUGUUGUAGAAAAUAAAACGUUGCCAAUUGAGAACACAACAGAUUGUCUAAGCACGAUGGCCAGUGUAUGUAAAGUCAUGCUGGAAACACCAGAAUAUAGAAGUAGAUUCACCAGCGAAGAAACCCUCAUGUUCUGCAUGAGAGUAAUGGUUGGGGUAAUUAUUCUCUACGACCACGUUCAUCCAGUGGGAGCUUUCUCAAAGGCUUCAAAAAUAGAUAUGAAGGGUUGCAUAAAGGUUUUAAGAGAACAGUCACCAGACACUGUUGAAGGGCUUUUGAAUGCUCUCAGGUUCACCACAAAACACCUGAAUGAUGAAUCCACUUCGAAGCAAGUUCGAGCAAUGCUUCAGUAAUGCCCCCCCUUUGAGAAAUGGACUUUUAAAUUAUUUAGAGAAGGUGUUUGUUUACAUAAUUUAAUAGUUUGUGGUGGUGUUAGUAAAGAUGCAUAAUUUUCAUGAUAUAACAAUUGAUUUCUUCCUGUUGCUGCAGUGUGUGUGGAUUUGUAUCAAUAACAUGACUGACUUCGUAAUGCACGACAUCCAUUUAUGUGCUUGUAUUACCAUUCAAAAAGUUUUAAGAGGUACCUUUUAAUUUGACUAUAUAAAUAAUGAAAGUGUC